AUGGUUACUGGAGGUCUCUCACCAAACACAAUCAAAGAACGAGUUGAAAAAUAUCCUCCUCCAGAAAAUUGUAAAUUCCUGUCCACCACCACCGUCAACGAAGAAAUUUAGGAUUUGCUGCCUCGACGCAGCAGAACGGUUGACCUAGCUUUCCAGCGAGUUCAAGAACCGCUUGUUCAGGGUUUGCCAGCCCUGUCUAUUUUAGGAGACCAGUUGGUAAAGGACCUUCACGCUGGCAAAACAUUAAAUACACGUCAGAUCUUGGAUCACGUGAUGGAUAGCAUUGCUCUUCUAGCUAAUGCCAAUUUUAAACUCAAUAUGGCACGGCGAGAGUUGAUAAAACCGGAACUUAAAGGGGCUAUGUCAGCUGGAGAGCACGCGCUCUGAGGUUAUGCAAAUUACUUUCAACUGUCAAAAUUCUAUUGUUUUUAACGCGUGACUUUCUCCAUGUGCGCUGUGAGGUUAUGCAAAUUACUUUCAACUGUCAAAAUUCUAUUGUUUUUAACGCGUGACUUUCUUCAUGUUCUCUGUCACGUCCAAGGUUCCGAAUUUAGAGAGGUUUAGCGAAAUGGGUUUAGAUAAGGGAUAUUUCGAUAGAAUUUAUGGAACGUUUCUUCUCUGGUUAUGCUAGAUCAAGAAUAAAAUUGCGACGACAAUUUUACUUGUAGUUUUGAAGUAAAAACGCAUGCCAUUCAUAAAAUAGAGCGCAAACAAAAAUUCAACAACAACAUAUUGUCUUAUUCAACAAAAUAAAUGGAAGUUGUAUUUUACAAACGAGCUACAAAAGACGCUAGACCGAAGAUAAAGACCAAGACUGUUUCAAAUAAUUAACAAUUAGACUUGUCUGUCGCUAUUGAUUUUAUAAUUUAGAUGCUGAUAGAACAAGAGACCAAGUCUUUGUUUUGCUCUUAGGGAAACAUACAUUAUCGCGCAAAAUUGUUCGAUCGUGCCGAAUCACUGCGACGUCGAGAAAAACAGAACCCAGCAUCAUUGGUAUACUACUCCACUAUAAGCAGUCCGUUGAUAAAAAGGGAAAGCAAACUCUGCUAUUUUCCAAAAUUAUGCUCCAACACAAACAGUUCAAAAACAUGGCAUUUACAGGAUCUAACUCGUACUAAGGCGCCUCUCUAAGUCUGUUGAGAACAAUCUGGACGAGCAAACGGUCGUGUUUAUCUUUGCCGUGAAUCGAGAUAAAUACAAGAAGGAAUCUAGCCGAAUUUUAGAAUGUUUCCUUCGCCAGGAGUUUAGUUUCGUCACGAAACUCAUGGCCUGAUGCUCUUGUAAUCGUUUACAAAAAACGGCCGCCGCCAACUCGAUAGCCGCUUCAUUAUAUGUCCACAUACUUUGAGCACAAGAAAAAUCCAAGAGCCAGCAGCCUCUAAAAUAACUCAAUAGAAAGGUCCUGUGAACUAUAGGGAAGAUUCCAUCAAAGAUUCCAUCACUCAUUGUGGAGUAGCCGUCAUUAACUCUGCCAUUACAACGGCCGCUGAUAAGAGGACACAGUAAAUCCACGUAAAAACAUUCCACAGGCAAACAAUUUUAAAAUAACGCCAAAAAAUUGUUCUGUAAUCACCAUAGAAUGAUUCUUAAUACAAAACUUCGCUAACUAUCGAACGAUGGCUGAGAUUUAAACAGAUAAAAACAGCCUUCCAAAAUCUCCGACACAACUUGAAAAAGUUGGGCUGUCUUUUUCAAGUUUGUUUUCAUUGGCUCGCGCAUGCGUGUUGGGUGACAUAGCCCCUUUAACCCUCCAUACACCAGGCUGUGUAAAGAUGAAAUUAAACCUUCAACAAAAUUGUUUGGAGAUGAUUUAUCCAAACAUUUGGAGGAUAUGGCUGAGGCAAAGAAAGUUGGCCGACAAAUGCAGAAAACUUCUGAAACUCGAACGGCUAGUCUAGGCUAUUUCAAGGCAGGACGGCAGAAAUUUCGCCGUCCAAACUUUAAACCUUAUGACAGACCAUCCUGUCAGAAAACGUCUCAGCAGCGUCCUUUCUUAGGCUACAGCCGGGCACAGAAGAGUGCCCAGAAAAAGCCAAGUGAACCCACCAACAAAACCCAGUAGAAACACAGGUAAGAGAAAACUACCCAACUCCUAUCGAUAAAGCAAAUCUGUCUCAAAGGGUUGCUAAUUUCUCGGCUGGAGGGUUACAAGACCAUGUUGAAGGUUGGAAGUCACUGACUACUGACCCUGUCAUAUUAGAUGCUAUAAAGCACUAUCACAUCGAGUUUGGGGAUGUUUCUCCUUCUCAGGUUUACCAGCCAAAACAAAUGCCAUUUUCUCCUUCUGAAAGGGAGAUCAUUACUGAGGAAAUCACCAAGCUCCUCGAUAAAGGAGUUAUUGAAAAAUAGACCGUGUCCAGGGUGACUUUAUCUCUACCAUUUUUGUGCGUCCCAAGAAAGAUGGCACUUUUAGAAUGAUUUUAAAUCUUAAAAAACUCAACGAAUUUGUAUCCUAUCACCAUUUUAAAAUGGAUACGAUUCAGACAGCCCUCAAACUCAAGCGUCCCGGAUGCUUUAUGGCAUCGGUAGACCUUAAGGACGCCUAUUAUUCUGUUCCUAUUGCAUUAGAGGAUAGGAAAUACUUGAAAUUUGAGUGGCAAGGUAGCUAUUUUCAAUAUACCUGUUUGCCCAAUGGCCUGGCUUGUGCUCCUCGCCUAUUCACAAAAAUAUUAAAACCAGUCUCAUCUCAGAUCUUUGGGUAAUAUCUGUAUGGGGCAUAUAGAUGAUUCAUUUCUCUUGGGAUAUAAUUAUACUGCCUGUGCCACUAAUAUACAGGACACUGUUGAUACGUUCCUUAGUCUGGGGUUUGUGGUUCACCCAGAAAAGUCAGUCCUGAUUCCAACACAAGAAAUGGAAUUUCUUGGCUUCUUGCUGAAUAGUAUAAACAUGACAAUCCGACUCCUACCCGUUAAAGCGGAACGUGUACGGCUAGCUUGCCAGAGUUUACUGGACAAAAGUAAAAUGACUAUUAGAGAAGUGGCACAAGUUAUAGGGUUGAUGGUUUCUAGUUUCCCUGCCGUUCAGUUUGGGAACUAUACUAUAGGGCCCUAGAAAGGAAUAAAAUUCUUGCUCUGCAGGAAAGUAGGGGCAAUUGUGAUGCAACAAUAUAUUUUUCAAAUGAUUCUAGAUCAGAGAUAGCUUGGUGGUUGAACAAUGUAGAUUCUUCCUUUAAACCUAUUUUCCAGGGAGACCCUGACCUGACUCUUACAACAGAUGCCUGUACUAGCGGUUGGGGUGCAGUAAAUGGUGCUCACAAACCUGGUGGUCUUUGGAAUGUAGAGGAACAAGCUUUCCAUAUUAACUACUUGGAACUGAAAGCAGUUCUGCUGGGGUUGAAAUCACUUCUUGGCCAUGUCCAUGGCAAACACAUAAGAAUUCAGUCUGACAAUACAACCACAGUGGCAUAUGUUAAUAACAUGGGGGGUAUCAAGUCUGCAGAGUGUGACAGUUUGUCUAGGAAAUUUGGCUGUGGUGUAUAGAAAGAGACAUCUGGAUCAGUGCUUGCCACAUACCCGGCUCUACCAAUGUAGAUGCUGACACUGAAUCUAGGAAAAUUAACAAUUCAACUGAAUGGUCUUUAAACAUGGACGUCUUUUCAGACUUGGAUAAACUGUGGGGCCCUUUUCAAAUCGACCUGUUUGCAUGCAGACUUAAUUUUAAAGUUCCCAGUUAUGUGUCAUGGAAACCUGACCCUGGUGCUCAAUAUGUCAAUGCAUUUUUCAUGAGUUGGAAGGAGUACUAUUUCUAUGCUUUCCCCCCUUUUAGUGUUAUAGCAGCCUGCCUACAGAAAAUAGGGCAAGAUCAAGCAACUGAUGUCCUUCUCGUUCCUGUUUGGCAGACACAACCUUGGUUCACCCCUCUCCUUCACCUAUUAGUAGACAAUCCCCCAGUCGACUCAUCGGUUGACACAACCACACAACCAUGCCUUACAUCCUCUUCGACGACAGUUGAGACUGAUGGCUUGCAUGGUAUCCGGGAAAGUCUCCAGCAGAGAAAUGUUUCAGGCAAGGCUACAGCAAUCAUCCUCAAGUCCUGGUCUGACGGAACACAAAAACAGUACAAACCAUACAUCAAACAGUGGAUGGACUUUUGUAGUGAAUGGAAGACUGAUCCCUAUGAUCCACCUGUAACCGUUGUUUUAGAAUUCCUCGUUAGCCUCCAUGAAAAGGGAUUGACUUACACCACCAUCAAUACUGCCAGGAGUGCCGUAUCAGCAGUUACUAUACCCAAGAGUAACAUGACUGUGGGCAGUCACCCACUUGUUCCCAGGUUUAUGAAUGGUGUUUACAAGGAUUCUCCGCCAACUCCACGCCACCGGUCAACAUGGGAUGUAAAGCCUGUCCUAACUUAUCUUUCCUCCCUUCACCCUCCAGAGAAGCUUGAUUUAAAAUCACUCACUCUAAAGCUGGUUAUGCUGAUAGCCCUGGUCUCUGCACAAAGGGGACAAUGUUUUUAAAUUUGCUUGACCUUGGUUGCAUGAAAAAAGUGACUAAUGGAUUUGAAUUCUUGUUCAUGGAACAUGUCAAACAAAGCAGGCCUGGUUACCGAGCUCCAUCUGUUCUCCUGCAAGCUUAUCCUGCUGAUUUGUCACUCUGUGUGUCUACUUGCUUGGCAGAAUAUCUUGAGCGAACCAAGCCCCUAAGGGGAGCGGAAAGUAAACUUUUUUAUUAG